UUCUUUGUGGACCAGACAUUAAACUGUCAAAAAUGUCUUCACUUCUUUAUAUCACCUUUGUCUUGUUCCUGUCUCAAGCCAUAAUUUGCUCAAACCAAAAAACAUGCUCAGUCUUACAGUUUUAUCAUCUAGAAGAAGACCUUUUGUCCAUCAUGGAAGACCACCACAUCAACGUGACAUUCGGGAUGAACAUGUCAGCCUGCAAUCAGUCCAGUCAACUGUACAGAGUCACUGUAUACACCAGUACAAACAAUGGAAGUCUGGAAUACGAUGGGUCCAUCACCUUCUCCAAGGAUGAGUGUUCUGGCACCAGACAGAAAUCAGUUCGCUGCAUCACUUCCUCAGGUCCUGCACAGCUGUACAGGAGAGUGAACAGAUCUCACGAGCUCAUCGUGUGGGAAUGGCUAUGGAAAGACUACAAUUUCUCGACAAUGCGAAAAGAGCUGAAACUGAUUGUAGCUUACCCACCAAGUGUCAAAAGCCUGACCGUCAAUGGACAAGAUGCUGACGAUAGUUACAUCCUUGAAAGGGGUCAGAAGGUCGAAAUAUCCUGUUUAUUUGAUCAAGGAAAUCCUCCUUCUAACGUUUGGCUGUCGGACGAACACGGAAAAGAAAUAAAAUCCUACAGAGGUGAACAAUACCUCGAUACUUCCUUCACAGCCAACUGCGACCAGCAUCCGUCAUCUGUCCGGUGUGAAGGAAACUCUUCAGAAAACAGCAAAUCUGUGUUUUUUCUUGUCAGAUGUCGUCCUCAGUUUAUUGACAAAGCUCCAGAAAUCAUUGACUACGAAACACAGGAAGGUUGGAAGUUCAGAGUGAAAGCUUAUUCCACAAAAGUUCAGAAAUGUCUUCUGGCCCCAUCCGUGGUCGGCGAGAAUAAAAACAAAGAAGUGAACUGCACACUGACCGGUAGUCCCCCCAGUCUGGUGCUGACCAUUGUUGUGGACAAGGAGGAAUGUUCACAGAGUGGACACUGGGCCUUGACUGUGUUUAAUGAGAAAGGUUCUUCAGACAUGUUAGUCUUCAGCGUGUCGUCACUUUUCUGCUCAGUGGCCAUCUGUCCAACCUUCGUCAUAACCCGUCUAUAACGGACUUCAUCUUCCAGUCUGAAGUCCACGAUCCUGUAACAGGUGUUUCAUCACGUGACUGGAUUGUAUAGUCAGCUGACAUCGUUGAAAUUGUCUGUCCAUAUUACUAAUAUAUAAUCCAGAGACACAGAAGGCCACGUUGCCAGUGAGAACAGCGCAUGAGACUGUGCUUUCCAUCACAGUAGUUGUCUACAUGCACAGCCUCCAUGAUGUGGACAAGAGCGAGAAAGAAAGACUUUCGAACAACGGUUUAACGGCUGCUUUUGGGGGAAGGGGUGUGUGGACGACUGAAAAAGAAUAAAAACAUCGAACAUAGAGGCACAUCAUACUGAUUUUCUUAACUUUGUCUCACAGUUUUGGGACUUUUACAUCUGUUGAAAUUGCGCAGUGGUAAACAUAUUGAGUUCUUGAACUGGAAAAUUUAUACUGACGUGCUUUGUGUGAGGUAAUGUGAACUCGGAGGACGCUUCUACCCGGGGUAACAGGUUAUCACAUCGUUACUAAAGGUCAUGUCACUCAAGUAGCUGAUAGUCUGGCUGGAGCUGUUGACAUUUGUAAAAUGAUUAGGCGGAUUGAGGUACACUUGUAUUUCCCAGACAGGUGUUGGCAAGGAUGAGAGAGACGACAAAAUAUGCUUUCAAGUCCUAAUUUUAAACGAGCAGCUUCUUAACAGUCGGAGCGUUACUGUAGAGAAGCCUGACCGGCCUGAGCCGUUUUCUGUACCUGUGUUUAGCGCGUGACAUAGGGUCAGAUUAGUUCUGAAGGUUGAAUCAUUACUUAGCCAAGAGAAGAAACAGGUUGAGCGUCUUCUCUCUACGUGUUUCGAGUGAGCGAGGUUCAGGGAAAUCGUCGAUACCCCGGUUAUUUCGACAGGUCAAGGUGAAAGCCGACGAUAUAUGUCUGCACCAUGGUGAUAUCACGUGAAACAGAAAACAGUCUCAGAAGGCUUGAGCUCUUAGUAGUAGGUAUUUGCUUUUAAGUUUUACAGCAUGAAGUAGACUGGUAACUAAAUGUCCUUAGAGAUAUUAUGUGCAGGCCAAUUAUCAUUGUCACGCUCCAUAUCAUCCUAACAACAGGAGAAGUAUAUUCGUUUGCAAUCUUAUAUCGUCCACUUUACUUUUUUUUAAAUUGUUUUGUGAUGCCUUCAAUAAAGUUUGACUAGUCAAGGGAGAUAAUUUUUCAAAAAUUUAAUAACAAUAAAUAGAAGAUUAAUAUUACUGACAGCAAUAGUCUUACAUAAAAAAAAAAACCAGUAGUGACAUGAAAACUAGAAACGAUUUUACAUCACGCAAGUGGACUAACCGAGGAAGGUCCUAAGAUACGAAUGAAUGCAAUUAGAAACAGUGUACAACAAGUAAUGAGCACGAGCAGGUGUUUCUGAGUUGCGAUUGGUAACCUGUUGGCCCUUGACGAGGUAAGCCGUCCUUCUGAAAGUCAGUAAACAACAUUCCUUUUGAAACUAUUGGGUACACUUAUCAUGACCUCGAUGGCCUAAGCUGAAAUGACUAGAUCACACACACCUACCAACAGCUUUUUCGUGGCGCAUUCUUUGUCACCUGGCAAAACUGUCAGCAAGAAACCCUUUGGCCUUAACCCAUGGUUUCUGUUUUCCGAAAAUAGGGUUUUCAGAAACCGUUCAAUCCAAUACCCCUAAGCCAAAGUGAGAAGAAAAAUUACAAUCCUGACAAAUGAAAUAGAAGCAAAAGUUCAGAAGUUCUCUGAGAAUUCUCCUAGUGUACGGUACAUCUUUUCAAAUAAAAACUUCUCAAUGCCAAGCGCGUGUAGACGAAUUUGCAAAUUGGUGUGAAACAAUUCUUUAGAGUUGAACGUUGGUAAGAUCAAAGAAAUGACAUUUAAUUACAAUAAAAUAUAUCAAUACGUCAAACUCUAAUGAACAGUAAACUGAUUAAGAUGGCUAUCAGUGUGUAAAUACAAUAAUUGCAAGAGAUGAUAAACUAAGAUGAUUUAGUUACCCUGAUGCUGUAAAUAAAAAGAUUUCAUAUCGAUUGUUUUUUGCUUAGAGAAAAGUAUCUCUUAAUAUGCGUAAUAAGAUGCUAUGACUAUGUUUUUUUCAAAAGUGUAUUUGGCAGUGUAGAUGUGUGGUUGUAUGUAUGGUGGGGAUUUAACAUGAAAACAUGCGAUAUAGGUAGAUUAAGCAAGGUAAUCAAGAUAGCCAGCUGCAUUGUAGGUCAAAAUCUUGAGCACGUAGAUGUGGUUAGGAAGCAGAAAUUCGCUACCAAAGUGGAUUUUGCUCAGUCCAAGAUAUCCUUUACACCCAGGCCCGUGCAUUUAAGAAAUCACCUUCAUCUGCAGGAACAUCCACCCUGUAUGUAGAACUGAGAGACUUGGAAGAUCUUUUAUUCCGGCAUCAGUCAACCGUCUGAACUUAAAAGGUUAACAUUGGAAUUUGUGUUUGCCGCCUUCUGCUCCUCGAGGAGUAACAAGGAAUAAACUAAG